AUGGGUCCGAAUAACAAUUGCGGACGACCGGACUGCCACUUUCCGGUGGAUGAUGGUAUGCAGUGUGACAACUGCAGCCUAUGGUUUCACAAGGUUUGCACUGGUUUGUCACCAGUAGCCUAUAAGAGAUGUUGCAUGCCGUCAUCUCCGUGGCUGUGCAAAUUUUGCAGCAACCCGUUGGAUGUCCUCAUCCAAGAGGCAGUGGGACUCCUGAUGUCCAAGAAAUUGACUAAAGACGUAGUCGAGAAGCCUGUACCAGAAAUCAUAGCCAAAAAUGGCGGUUCAGGGCAUAAUUUUAAAACCGAAGGUGUAUCGCCACCUGUAGCUCAGGGGGCAAAAGAGGCACAGAGUGCUCAAAUGUCUGUAGCGACUAAGCGCAAACGGCAAAGGAAAUCUAAAAGGGCGAGUAGUGCCAGCAUGGCAACACCAGCCUGUGAAAUGGCCACCCCAAAGCGCAGCGUGUCUAGUGCACGAAUGGCCUCUAGUUGCGGCGAAAACAAAGUGGAAGAAACUGACUCCACUUGGUUGGUGCCGUCAGGUAAGAAGCAAAAUAAACGAAGGAAAGAAACAGCAACCGAGUUCACCAACAAGGUCUCGAUGGCUGUUAGUACCAGCCAAACUCAGAAACCUACGGACUCCAGUUACAGUGUUAUCAUCUGGAAUUUGGAGGAAUCUAAGAACACAGAUCCAGCUGCCCGACAUGCAGAUGAUCUGAAGGCGGUUAGCUCCAUAAUCCGGGAAAUACUUCCCGAAAAAACAAUUGGAGUUCACGUAAGAAAAGCCAUCAGGAUCGGAAAACGAAACCCUGAUGCUACGGAAACUUCUCGACGACUACUUAAGAUAGUUUUAGGGAAUGAAACAGAGAAAAGCACCAUCCUCAACAACGCGUUCAAAAUUAACGAUAAAAGCUUAAAAAUAAGGCCUGAUUGGCCUUUAGAAGAUAGAAUCAAAAGAAGAGAAGCCGUGGCUGAACUAAAGGCCAGACUAGAGAAAGGUGAAAAAGACCUCAAGAUAUUGGGUUUUCGGGUGGUGAGGUCUCGGAAACCGAUGCUGCCGAGACCUCUCUUCAUAAGCCGGAUGAACACGUAG